AUGCCAGUUUUAGGUUCUGUGAAGUCAGCUGAAGUAUUUUAUGGGUUUGAAGGUGGAAAUGUAAAGAUUGAUUGCACAUAUCAACAUGAAUAUAACGAGAAUGGAAAGUACCUGUGUCGUACUCGAUGGAUACCAAAUAAUGCACUAAUCAGCAGUGGUGAGCCUGAGACUAAGGGGAGAUUCUCUCUGUAUGAUAACCGGUCAACGAGAGUCUUCACUGUGACCAUCACAGAGUUGACACAAAAAGAUGCCGGGACAUAUUACUGUGGAAUUGAUAUAAAGAGAAAUGUGGAUGAAUACACUGAAGUGGAAGUGACUGUCAAUAAAGCUCCGAAAACCCCACCCACCACAACUCGUGCCACACGCUCAAGUACCACCCCUUCCACCACUACUGUGAAGGGGAACACAGACAAUGGACAAACAAGGGAUUGUACAUCCAGCAGCCCUACAGGUUGGUGUUUGAGAGAAUCCAAGGGACCGGCUUGAGUUCAAGUCUGCAGGACCACACAAGCACUUGGCAUUAGCUAUUUACUGCUCCACAUCCCUUUUCAUCCUGUAACAGGGUCAAGAAUGCCCUGUUCAAAUUGAUUUUACACUUGUAUGUUAUUAUUUUUAUAAAAUUAUUGUGUGAUUUGAUUAGUGCAUGCUUUGUUUUGUCUGACACUUUUUGAAAAUUGGCUUCUCCACCCGCUUCCCUAUGUUUGCCCUGUUGAGCACCUAGUAAUUGAAUUAUUGAUCAAUUUACGCACCUGAAUAUAAGUAGCACAUGUUUUUACAAAUGGGAUGGCCAUCCUGGGGUUGGUGUGUCUGUGCAGGAGUGGGAACGCAGUGUUUGGA